GGUACAUGACGAGUUCCAUUGAGAAAUGAGAAUCUAAGUUCGAAGAUGAAGGAGGAGUCACUCUCCCAUCACUGUUCUGUUUUGCCUCUAUAUAAACCAUUUUAUGUUUCGUGCCUUUUGGGUUCAAAGAACACUGAAGACAGUUUAGUUGACACGGCUUUUGUUUCUGCGAGGAGUGGUUGGACCCGAGGGAUUGCGACUUGGCGGAAACAAGAGAACUAUAAAACCAGACAUCCGCAGCUUAAUUCUACGACAACAAUUGAGAGAGUCUUAUAUUGCACAAGAUCGGCGGCGCCCAUUGUCGCUUCUUCAAGAGCUGCUUCCAUGUUCCUUCACUGACCACCUUAUUGUAUUAGAGGCAGAAAGGAACAGGAGAACAGAGAAUAUGGCUCUCACAGGUUCAGCAUCUAGACAGCCGCAAUUCAUUUUGAGCACUGGAAACCGAAGCUCUUCCGAUGCUCCUCUGAUCGAAAACUCAGACACUGAACAAAUUGUCGUCCUGAUGUGAGUUAUCAAACUCCUUUCUUGAUUCAUCAUAGUUUUUAAUUUUCUAUCGCAUGUAAAAUGGAUAUUUAAAAUUUGUUUGCGAGUUUUCUUUCUGCUGGUUAGCUGCCAUAUUGCUGAUUUGAUAAUGAUGCCUAGUGAUUCGCAGCUUUAAGUCUUUAUUCUCUCUGUUUGCUUAUGACUAAUCUUUUCAGUUACAGUGAAGUUACUUAUCAAUGACGUUGUAUUUCAUGUCAUAAGUCCAUAUGAUGGACUUACAGUGUUAACGGCAUAAGUCAACAUACAGAAGUGUCAUAAGCACAUAUGUGUAUCACUCUUCAAAUAGUUAUAAAGCUUGUAAUAUGAGGUUUAUGUGAAUAAUCAACAAGUAAUCAGCCCCCUGGUAACAGUUUCAUAGCAAACCCUUCAAUAAAACAAAGAGUGACAGAGUGAAAGACCCCAUGAGUUGAAACUUGGAAAACAAUAUUAAGAUGUUAAAGAUUCUUUUCUUUUUCCCCUGACAUUUUCUUUCAGUUAGUGACAAAUUAGAAAUUACAUUGAAUUAAGUCUUGUAGUUAAAUUGGUGUCCAAAGCAAUUUGCACAAUGACCAUGAUUUGUGUAUGAUUCUCUUCUGCAGAAAACAAGCUGGAAAAACUUAUUUGCAUAUAUGGGUCCUGGUUUUCUUGUUUCUAUUGCAUAUAUAGACCCGGGAAACUUUGAAACGGAUCUUCAGUCAGGGGCACAAUAUAAAUAUGAGUUACUUUGGAUUAUAUUGGUUGCCUCUUGUGCUGCUCUUAUAAUUCAAUCAAUGGCAGCCAAUUUAGGAGUUGUAACUGGAAAACAUUUAGCAGAGCACUGUAGAACUGAAUAUCCGCGGUCAACAAACUUCAUCUUAUGGGUUAUUGCUGAAAUUGCCAUAGUGGCUUGCGACAUUCCUGAAGUGAUAGGAACAGCCUUUGCAUUGAAAAUGCUCUAAAUACCUGUUUGGAUUGGUGUUCUUUUAACAGGGCUCAGUACAUUGAUCCUCUUAGCAUAAAACAAUAUGGGGUAG